GUAUCACUCAGACCAGGUUGACUGCAACUGUACUGUGUGUGUGUGUAUGUGUGUGUGUGUGUCACUGCAAAUGUCCUUGUCUUUAACUGCAGAUAACAGAUUUUUCAAAUCAAAUAUACACAGAGACAUGUAUCUGCUAGUCUGCUAAUGUGUUCGACGAACUAAACAGCCGGUCUGAGCCUUCAAAUGAUAGUGAAAGAGAUGCCGUCUCACACAUAGGCUGAGCUGAGUGUGUGUGGUCAGUGACAUCAUGGGACAGAGGCGCUUCCUCAUUCAGGCUCGCUCACUGACACUUGGCCCACUCACAGUUUCAAACACAGUUGGCUCAGUAUCCCCUUGACCUUCAACAACUUUACCUGAAUUGUUGUUGAGCAAUCAAAUCCCAGCAAGAGAAGCUCAGCACGGCGCCGUGUUCACAUCAAGGAAGUGACAAUUGAGAUGACACCUUUGAUGUUUAAAGAUGCCUUCUGGGGGUCUGAAUUCAACUGUCACGCGGGGUAUGAUGCUCUGAUCCAGAGGUUACGAGAUGGACGGCAGAUGUGCAAAGAUGUGGAGGAGCUUUUAAAGAUGAGGGCACUGGCAGAGGAGAAGUAUGGGAAGGAACUGGUCACUAUCGCUCGCAAAGCUGGCGGACACACAGAGAUCAGCACCUUGAGAGCCUCCUUGGAACAACUGAAAACACAAAUCGAGAACAUCGGGAACUUUCACAUCCAAAUGUCCGAUAAAUUGAAAGAGGAGGUGAAAAAGAUUGAGACAUUCCGAGAGCGGCAGAAAGAGCAGAGGAAGAAGUUUCAAAGCAUCAUGGAGAAAGUUCAAAAGAAAAAGGCCUCAUUGUACAAGAAGACCAUGGAGUCGAAGAAGAACUACGAGCUGAGGUGCAGGGAGGCCGACGAGGCAGAGCAGGGGGCUGAGAAGGCGAGUGUUACAUCGAAAAAACCUGACAAGGUUCGUCACAGGGCCAAGCAAUGCAGGCAGACAGCAAAGGAGGCAGAGAAGCUGUACAACACCAACACCAUUCAGCUAGAGAGUGUUCGUCAGGACUGGGAGGAGACGCACAAAAGCACAUGUGAGGUGUUCCAGCAGCUAGAGGGCGAUCGCAUCAGCAUGCUCAGGUGUGCUCUCUGGGACCACUGCAAUCAUUUCUCCAUGCAGUGUGUCAAAGACGAUGAGCUUUACGAGGAGGUGAGGAAACAGCUGGAACAGUGUGACGUUGCGGCAGACAACAACUAUUUCAUAGAGACAAAAAGCACGGGAUCAAGGCCUCCAGAGCCCAUCGUGUUCGAGAGCUGCUACCAGGCGGAGACGUCCGGGAACAGCAAUGGCCAAGCUCAUUUCGCAGGAGGAGAAGGCAACGUGAUGAGAAGGUGCUGUGAUCCUCUUCUUGAAAGUUCAUUGACCCUCAGUGCAGACAGUCUUCACAACUCCCAAUCAGUACUGACAUCUACUGACGAGUCUAUCACACUGGCUUCAGCUGAUGAUUCAGAUGGAGGAUAUGCACCCCUACCAGGCCUCCAGUAUGAAGCACCACUGACCACAGUUUCAUCUCAUGAAGAAAUCUACAUUGUACUUUACGAUUACUCUGCACAGGAAGAGGAUGAACUGUCUGUCAUUAGAGGGGACAGGGUCCGAGUUUUGGCGCGAGGAGAAGAUGGCUGGUGGACGGUGGAGAGGAACGGACAGACUGGAUUGGUGCCGGGAAACUAUCUGGGCAAAUUCUGAACACACACACACACACACACACACAAUCAGGAAAAUAGAAUCGGAUACACACAGACAAACGACAACACACACCAUAGUCACACACAGAAGCGCAUCCAUGUGCAUCCACAAAUAGAAGCAUGUAUGCAUCCUAUGCCAAACAUGCAUAUGCAACCUCGACAACACAUUCACACACACACAUCUUUGUCAGGCUUUACACGAGUCUGAACCAGAAUUUAACAUUUUGCAUUCUUUAGGAGGUUAAUGAGCUUAUCAUUAACGCAAAUUAUAAAACAUGCUAGUCAGAUACCCUUUCACAUUACUUACUUAUACAGCAAAGCUUUCCAGCAAGAUUUCUUUAUCAAUCAGUGAGAUUGUUAUUAUUUAUUAAUGAUUUACUAGUCCCGAAAAGAUAUUGCAUCGUAACGCUGCUACCUCGUGUGUUGUACAGCUGGGAUUAUACAUGCACAUGCAGCACAAUCUUAUGGGACUGAAUUAUAAAAAUCAUAAAAGCGUUGCAACUUUGGUAGACCAUUUGGUUACUUCCAAUGACGCUGAACUGUCAAUGUCAUAUUUUCAACAUGAGUGAAACAAGAAUUGUGCAAGUGUAAACUGAGCUCUGCGUGCUGGUAUGAACAUAACUUUUGUAGCAACAAUCUGAGCUGUGGUCAUCAAAUAAAUAACUGAUACAUGGAUUUAUCUCCAAUUUAAACAGGGUACUGUGCACAUUUUUCAGGAAAGAGCUCCUCAAUAAGUGGUGCUUCUCAGUUCAAGGACAGCAAACUUCCAGGGGAAAAAGGGAAUGAAGUUCACUGACAGACCAUGUGUACAUCUGUUACUGGAUAUAAGAUAUCCAAUAACAAUUGUAGCUACUAUUGUAGGUUAAAAAAAUGUCUGCAUUAUGUCUUAUGUCUAUUCUGACUCACUUAAACGUUAGUCUGUUUGCACAAUUAAGGUCUUCAGAUCAAUUAAUGUGCUUCAGUCCCUUUUUUUCCCUUUCAAGUGUGCGAUGUUAGUAGGACGGCCAUUUUCAGACGAGCACUGAGCUCUACAAGAGACCAUGAGCGACAACCUUAAACUGUUGUCAUUCAGUUAUUUUAAUAACUUAGACACUAUGUGUCUCAAACAAUAGGGCAACUGUGCAUGAGGAUGUUCCAAGAGUUGAGUUGGGGAAAAAAGGGUUGUUGAACUAGUGCCUGGUUUGGUUUUGUCUCUCAGGUUCUAUAUUUAAUUUUUUUUGUUUUUUUUGUGCAUGAGAGCUAGGGAUGAUAGCCUGUUGCAAGUUUUGAAACUGAUCUGUAAUUACAGUAUGACUUGUGACCAUGAUGCAUUUUGUGUGACCUUGUGUAUAGAUGAUAAGCUACUGUACGGUGGCUGCAGCUAAUGUAGAGCAAACAAUGUUUGCUCAAAUGGUAUUUGUUCAUAUUCUUUUUAUCCUGUAUCUGAUGAAAUAUAAAAUAAUUACCUCUGUAUGUGUAGUUGACCUGGUAAUGUAUUUACCUAAAUAAAGAACCAUGUGAAUGAAAUAAAACAUUCAAGUUAAAAUGA